CCGGGAAGCCGGCUGGGAGGUUGCGCGUGCGCGGGGGCUCUCCAGCUCCGGCGGCGCGGCGCUGCGCGUCCCUGAGGGUGGAGGCCGGUAGGCGGCCGCGGCCGCAAUGACCCAGGCGGAGAAGGGGGACGGGGAGAACGGGAAGGAGAAGGGCGGGGAGAAGGAGAAGGAGCAGCGCGGCGUGAAAAGGCCCAUCGUGCCCGCGCUAGUGCCGGAGUCGCUGCAGGAGCAAAUCCAGAGCAACUUCAUUGUUGUCAUACAUCCAGGUUCAACAACCUUAAGGAUUGGUCGAGCCACAGACACACUUCCUGCCAGCAUUCCUCAUGUCAUUGCACGAAGGCACAAACAACAAGGGCAGCCGCUAUAUAAGGACAGCUGGCUCCUAAGGGAAGGACUAAAUAAACCAGAAAGUAAUGAACAAAGACAAAAUGGCCUUAAAAUGGUGGAUCAAGCAAUAUGGUCUAAAAAGAUGUCAAAUGGUACAAGACGGAUUCCCGUGUCCCCUGAACAGGCACGCUCCUACAACAAGCAGAUGCGACCUGCAAUUUUAGAUCACUGUUCUGGAAAUAAGUGGACAAACACAUCUCAUCAUCCGGAGUUUUUGGUGGGAGAAGAGGCCUUGUACGUUAAUCCAUUGGACUGUUACAAUAUUCACUGGCCUAUCAGAAGAGGUCAGUUAAAUAUUCACCCCGGACCUGGGGGCUCCCUUACUGCUGUUCUGGCAGAUAUUGAAGUAAUAUGGUCUCACGCAAUCCAAAAAUACUUGGAAAUCCCGCUAAAAGAUUUAAAGUAUUAUAGAUGUAUCUUGCUAAUUCCUGAUAUCUAUAAUAAACAGCACGUGAAAGAAUUAGUGAAUAUGAUCCUAAUGAAGAUGGGUUUUUCAGGGAUUGUGGUCCAUCAGGAGUCUGUCUGUGCCACCUUUGGAAGUGGUUUAAGCAGCACAUGUAUCGUAGAUGUUGGAGACCAGAAGACAAGUGUGUGCUGUGUGGAGGAUGGGGUCUCUCAUCGGAAUACUCGCCUCUGUCUGGCCUAUGGGGGGUCUGACGUGUCAAGGUGUUUCUACUGGCUGAUGCAGCGAGCCGGGUUCCCUUACCGAGAAUGCCAGCUAACAAAUAAAAUGGAUUGUCUUCUUCUGCAGCACCUUAAAGAAACUUUCUGUCAUUUAGAUCAGGACAUCUCUGGACUUCAGGAUCAUGAGUUUCAGAUUCGCCAUCCAGAUUCACCUGCCCUACUUUACCAGUUUCGAUUAGGAGAUGAAAAACUCCAGGCUCCAAUGGCUUUGUUUUACCCUGCAACUUUUGGAAUUGUUGGACAGAAAAUGACAACUUUGCAGCACAGAUCCCAGGGAGACCCUGAGGAUCCUCAUGAUGAGCAUUACCUGCUAGCCACACAGAGCAAGCAGGAACAGUCUGCCAAAGCUACUGCUGACCGAAAGUCUGCGUCCAAACCCAUUGGAUAUGAGGGGGAUCUUCGUGGCCAGUCUUCCGAUCUUCCAGAAAGACUCCAUGCCCAGGAGGUGGAUUUGGGAUCCUCCCAGGGAGACUGUCUGAUGGCUGGCAAUGAAUCUGAGGAGGCUCUCACGGCACUGAUGUCCAGGAAGACUGCCAUCUCGCUAUUUGAAGGGAAAGCCCUGGGCCUGGAUAAAGCCAUUCUUCACAGCAUCGACUGCUGUUCAUCUGAUGAUACCAAAAGGAAGAUGUACAGUUCCAUCCUCGUGGUGGGAGGUGGUUUGAUGUUCCAUAAAGCUCAAGAAUUUCUGCAACACAGAAUUCUCAACAAAAUGCCACCUUCAUUCAGGCGGAUUAUUGAGAACGUGGAUGUGAUCACAAGGCCCAAGGACAUGGAUCCCCGGCUGAUCGCGUGGAAAGGAGGGGCCGUACUGGCUUGUUUGGACACCACACAGGAACUGUGGAUCUACCAGAGAGAGUGGCAGCGCUUCGGUGUCCGCAUGUUACGAGAGCGAGCUGCUUUCGUCUGGUGAAAAUGGGCAGGAAGUCACUAGAAGACCAAAAACAGGCCUCCUGGUAUAAAAGACUCUUAAAGAAUAUAUAUAUUUUAAUUUAUUGACUUAGAUGCUUAUGUUUCAUGGAAAAUAAAUGAAUUUUAACUUUUACGUUGACAACAGGAUAUUGGUGUGAAAUUAUAACCUGCUUUUGUAGCCAUUUACCAAUAAAUUUACCAAUAAAUAUGAACUUAGUUUUCAGUGGUAAAUUCUUCUGCCCCUUUCUCAGGGUCGCAGGAGUUCCCUGCUGAUGUGAAAUGUUUUGGCGCGCCUUGGUUUAGGUUGACCUCAGUGUCAUCAGACAGUCUUCCACAGCCACAGAGGGUGGCUAUGUGACUCGCUGUCUGGCCGCGCCAUUUUCCUCGUGCGUUAACAGCGGGCACACAUUGUUUUGACUCCUGUGCUCUUAGAAUUCUAAAUGGGGAGAGAAAAGGUCCUUUUUUUCUUUUUCUGUUGGAUUACAAAAAAGACAGUGACCAGUUGAGCUCUGGAUUUCCAGAGGCAAAGAUUUAAGGCUGGGCUGGCUGACUUUGUUACUCGACAUGCUUCAGGGUAGGCUUGGGGAAAGAUAACAGUCCGUAUCUGACCAAAACAGAACAAAAACUAAAAAGAAAAACCCAUUUCCUUCCUAAAGCCAAAUAGAAACAAUUCAGGUGUAAUUGUUCAUUUGUGCAGGUAAAUAAGGUGACUGCCGUCCGUACCUUACCUUAUAAAUAAGGUGGCUGCUGCUUACCAACUUAGUCAUCAAGCCCCCAAUUUUCCUUUUCCUGAGAAAAGUUCUGGAACUCUUUGUGCUCAGUAAGCUCAUUUGACCUUCAUCUGCGAGCCAUCUGAAGCAAAAUCUAAGUACAGACAGCUACUAGCGCCCGUGGUCCCGGCCCUGAUAAAGCCUUCCGAGCCCCUGGUCAGAGGAAGAGACACCACUGCCUGGAGACAGAAGCCGUCAGUGAGUACAGCCCAUGGGCUGAGAGACCUGGGAGUACUGGGGGGCUGCCUGAUUCCUGCCACUCCCUGCUGGGCAUCUGCGUCCACCAUGUGCUCAUCCCAAACUGGAGAUACUGGAGAUAACGGGAGUGGAAUGGGAGUGGCAGAGGGGGAGGGAAGUUGACAAAAGUAGGGCUGGAAAAGAGAUGGAGGUAAGAGUGGAAUGUAGAAAGAACAGGAUGGCUAGAAGUCUCAGGGCUUGGAGAAACGCUGGUCCUGGGGCAUUAGCAUAACGAUGAGUUUCCCACGUGAUCAGUAGGCGAGGAAUGAAGAAGAGUCCAUCCCAAUAACAAAAGGAUUUUACCUUGUGGAUACUAUGGAAGAUAUGUGCCUUUAAUC